AUGAUUUUGUUGUGCACCCUCAUCCUACUUGCUCUGUGCGGGCCUGCACAUGGCAUCUGUGGGAAGACCUGUGGGCUCCGGCCCAUGGGUGCUACCUUCGGCUCAUCGCGUGUUGUGGGUGGCACAGACGUCAUGCCAGGUUUUGGGGCCUGGGCUGGCAUUGCCAGUAUCUGCUGCUUCUGGAAACCACCAAUAGCUGUGCAUAUCUGUGGAGGGACCCUCGUCAGUGCAAAGUGGCUCCUGACAGCGGCCCACUGCUUUAACAACAUCACAGUUCCCCUUAACGAGUGGGCCAUCGUGCUUGGGGCCACCUCGUUGGGCCAGUCAAAUGUGGAAGUGCGCCGGAUUAAGCGGGUGAUCAUUCACGAAAAGUAUGAUAUUGAACUUGUGCAUAAUGACGUCGCCUUGCUGGAAUUGGACCGGCCAGUACGGUGCAGCUCCUCCAUUCAGACUGCCUGCCUGCCUGGUCCUUCAGUGAAAGUGUCGGAGCUGAAAAACUGCUAUGUUGCUGGCUGGGGUGACAGAAUUGUAAAAUCUUCAGGUAGAGAUGUCCUGCAGCAGGCCAAGGUCCAGGUCGUGGAUAACAAGAUUUGCAACAGUAGCGAGUGGCUGCGGGGGUACAUCUAUGACUUCCAUGUGUGUGCUGGGCAAGGUGGCAUUGGCACCUGCCAGGGCGACAGUGGGGGGCCUCUUGUCUGCCAAGAUAACAGUGGUGGCUUCUUCUGGCAAAUUGGUGUGACCAGCUGGGGAGUAGGCUGUGCUAGACCUAAACGGCCUGCAGUCUCCAGCUCCACUCAGUACUACUACAACUGGAUCUGGAGCAAGAUAGGAAUGAAGCCAGCACCAGCAGUUACUCCAGCACCAGUGCCAGCCUACACCUCAGCCCCUCUGCAGACAGUACCUCCAAGUCCAAUGCAACCCUGUCCAUUUCCACGUGAAAAGCUGCUGCAAUUCUUUAAUCUGCUGAAGGAUAUAUUGCGGUUCCUAAAGCAAAAAAUGUUUUGA